GUUACAAGACGCAAUGUCGGUGCCACACCCCGGCAUGCUCCCGUAUUGCUCCCGCCGCAACCUGCGACAUUUAGACAUGGCCCUCGCCCAGCGCGAUCUGCUUCGGUCCUGCCACACAACGUCCUAAUGCCUACUUUGUUCUUGCGAUAGCGUGCCCCCACCUCCUCGACUUCGCGGACAUGUCUAGCAACUCUCCUUCAACAGCAACAACUUUUGGCCCAUUACCUUAGCUAGACAUGCUUGCCUCCAGGAAGCGGCCCACGCCGCUGCUGCUGCUCUUCGUCCUCGUCCUCAUCGGAAUAUGGUACCACAGCAGAGACACUGACCGCAUAUACCUGCAAUGGAUGUCCUCCAUUGAGUCGCGCCCUGCAAAGAUACCCUCGAACAAAACCUUGGGCUUCGGCGCCGUCGUAGUCGUGUCCAAGGAUGGCUCCUCGCGCCGCAAGCCACUCCUCCAAGCUGCCAAUGUCACCGACAUCGACCUUACCAUCCCGACUCAGCCCGAAUGGACAGAAGGCGACGUCCAGCGCUUCAUCAACGGGCAGGAAAAGGCUCAGAAGGGAUCGAUACUAGCGUGGUUAGGGCACCACAACGCGCUGCGCUGGUUCCUGGACUCAGGGCUCGAGACAGCUCUCAUUCUCGAAGACGACGUCGAUUGGGACAUCCGUCUGCGCAGCGUCCAGAUACCCCUUGCCGCAAGCGCUGCCCGCCAGCUCCUUCCUCCACCACGCGCCCAACACCCUGGAGUCAACGCCGCUAGCAACCACACACAAUACUGGGGCGACCAAGAUGCUUGGGACUUGCUCUAUCUCGGUCAUUGCGGUGACUACUUUGACAUUGUCACUGAGGACGGCCCAAAGACCGACCGCCAAUCCUUCAACUUAAGCGCCAUGCCACACAUCCUAUGGCAAGACCCUACGCUUCCAUCGUGGAUUAACCUACACCCAUUUACACAAGACCUAUUCCGCCUUUUGGGCAUGCCUGAGAAGACGCGCGUCAUGCACCGAGCCAAGUUCCCCCUCUGCUCCUUCGGAUACGCCGUCACCCGCCGCGCCGCCGAACGUCUCCUCAACGAUCUCGCUCCGCCGAAACUGAAGAAGUCGGGACCCCGCGCAUUCGACGUUGCCCUUCUUCACGCCUGCAACAAGGGAGAGAACACGCCAUCUCCCACACCAGAGUGGCAGAAAGCCAACCCUCGAAAUCGAAGCAAAUACCCAAGCCCCGGAUUACGGUGCUGGACGCUGAACUCCGAGCUCUUCCACCACAUGCCAGGGAAAAGUGAGAUUGAUUCGAUCGGAGAGAAGCUCGGCGAAGAACAUAGCCUACCACCAGUAGACCUGGCAGCCCAAGCGCAGGUCGUAUACCGAAACGAGACCACAAACAUUGACUGCGGAUUCUGGAGCGGAGCCUUCGCAUUCGACGAAAACGAUACCGAUCGGUUACAUUUCCUACAGGAAAAAGUCGCAAGACAAGGCAACUGCCUCAAAGAAGGCAAGGACCGAGACGAGAUCACAUACCCGCCUCAAAAAGCGAUGAAAUGAGAACCCCUCAACACAAAAUCACAUGUCGCCUUCCACGUACAUAUUAGAUUUCACGACGAGCACAUCUUAACAGGAUACCCGGCGCUAUAGACACCAAGGGAUUUAUGGGCGUUUAACUG